AUGAAAUUAUUGAUUAUAAUUAGCAUAAUUAUAAUUGGAUGUUCCUCGUUAACAUGCUAUAAUGGAAUGAAGAUGUUAUCCAUGCAAGCAGUUGGUGAAUCGAGCGAGGAAUGUCAGGAUAGCGGAGCUUCGUGCUAUAACAUGACAGCUUCGGCCAUGCUUCUUGUGGAUGUUGUCAAAGCAGGAUGCUCAACAUGGCGUUGUAUGCUUGCUAAAAACCGUUGUAUAUCCACAUACUUCCAAAUGGUUCCUGUGAGUUUAUGCUGCUGCGAUUCGGACCGUUGUAAUGUUGCAGGAAAUCCAACAGGAGCAUUCAACAACUUCGGUUCAACUGACCCAAAUAGUAAUUUCCAAAACAACUAUCCUCAGAACAAUGCGGUGAAAGAGACCAAUGAAGCACAAAAAUCCAAUUGGGGAACUUCAUGGACAGCACCCGCUUCCGCUGGUUCGUCUACAAAACAAUGGACAAAACAAGAAGUUGAAGAUAAAUUUAAGAAUUUCGAUGUUGAUCAACGGCCCACGAGUGCUACAGGAGAUGCUGUUGAAAUAGAAGAAGUUUUCGUUAAAAAGGACGCUCUCUCCACAUCUCCACCACGAGCAGCAUCUUCCUCAACUGGCAAUCGCGCCGAACGUCUCCAAACUUCCAACAAUAAUAACGGAAAAGAUGAGAUUUCUAUUCCGUAA